AUGGAUGUCUACAGCAUACUCAUCCUCAAUAAAGCUGGUGGACUCAUCUACCAAAAAGACCUCAAUCCCAGACUCUCCAAGCUCUCGGCAAACGACUACCUUGUGCUCGCAGGAACCCUCCAUGGAGCCCACGCCAUAGCGACCAGACUCAAACCUGAUGGUUCAAAACAUGGAUACGAAGAUCCACAUACUGUAAAUAGUAACAUUCUUCUCUCGGGCAAAGCACACACGCCGAACGUGAACAAGCUGGGACUUUCUAACAUUGACACAGACCUUUUCAGUUUGUACGUAUUUCAGACAUUGACAGGAGUGAAAUUUAUCAUAAUAACGUCUCCUGUGGGCGCUGUCACUACGCAAGCUGGCCAGCCGUCCGCCCUGAAGAGACAAUUCGAAGCAGCGAGUAAUAUCUACAAGCAAUGCUACCUUUACUACUGCGAUUACGUGAUGAAGGACCCCUUCUACUCGCUAGACAUGCCAAUUAAAAGCACGAUGUUUGAGUCAAAAGUUCAAGAGCUCGCAAGGUGA